CCACACAACAACAAGAACACCCGACCCUUCAUCUUCUCUCUCUCUCUCUCUCUCACACACACACACAAAAAGCCCAAGAAAAUGGCAGAACUCAUCUUCAACACUUGUCUGAAUUAUCUGGUACUUGCCCUCAGCAUCUUCAUGUUGUUGUCCGAAUUGCCAUCACCGGCAAACGCAGCUUCAGUUCAGUACAACGUGGUCUCUCUCGGCGCGAUAGCCGACGGCAAGACUGACUCCAGCAAGGCCUUCCUGAGCGCAUGGGCGUCAGCAUGCCGGUCGACAAGUGCUGCCACCGUCUACGUGCCACAGGGCCGGUUCUUGGUGCAGUCCGCCUCCUUCGAGGGGCCAUGCAAGAACUCAGCCAUCACUGUGGGCAUCGAUGGCACGCUAGUCGCACCUUCUGACUACAAUGUGAACGGGAAUGCAGGGAACUGGAUCGUUCUCAGGCACGUGACAGGGGUGUCCGUGAUUGGAGGGACCCUUGACGGACAAGGCACGAGCCUCUGGGCUUGCAAGCACUCCGGCAAGAGCUGCCCUACCGGCGCUACAAACUUAUUAAUCAGCAACUCCCAAAACAUUUUGGUGAGCGGACUGAGCUCCCUCAACAGCCAGAUGUUCCACAUCGUCAUCAACGGUUGCCAGAACGUGAAGAUGCAAGGCGUGAAGGUGUCGGCCUCUGGGACCAGCCCCAACACUGACGGCAUACAUGUCAGCGCCUCCACCGGCGUCACCAUCCUCAACUCCAAGAUCGGGACAGGCGACGACUGUGUCUCCAUCGGCCCUGGCAGCAACAAUCUCUGGAUUGAAAACGUCGCUUGCGGACCCGGACAUGGCAUCAGCAUUGGAAGCCUGGGCAAGGAUCAACAAGAGGACGGUGUCCAAAACGUGACGGUUAAGACGGUCACGUUCACCAGCACACAAAAUGGAGUGAGGAUCAAGUCGUGGGCCAGGUCGAGCAGCAGCUUCGCUAGGAACAUCCUCUUCCAGCAUGCCAUCAUGAACAAUGUCCAAAACCCGAUCAUCAUCGAUCAGAAUUACUGCCCGGGAAACUCCGGUUGCCCUAAUCAGGCUUCGGGUGUUAGAGUGAGCGACGUGACGUACCAAGACAUCCACGGGACAUCGGCAACCGAGGUGGCUGUGAAGUUUGACUGCAGCUCAAAGUACCCGUGCACCGGAAUAAAGAUGCAAGACGUGAAGCUGAGCUACCGGAACCAAGUGGCCACAGCAUCUUGUGCCCAUGCUGGUGGCACAGCUUCUGGCACGGAACAGCCCUCCAGUUGCUUGUAGUUUGUCCCCAAAUUACAAAACCCAAAAUAAUGGGGUAACAAGGAUACCAUCACUAGUCUUAAAUAGGGUUAAUGAAGUCAGUGAGUGAUACGUAAUUAAUUAUGUGAGUCCUACUAUUUGACUUGGGACCAGAAGAAAUUAUGUAGUAGGAAAGAUUGUUCGGUGUAUAAGACAAGUUGGGUGCUUGAGCCAGUGGCGUGUCCUAGCUCACAUGACUAUGGGCUGGACUAAUGGAGCCUGGCCUUGCAUCUUAUUUUCAAUUAAUCGAAUAUUGAAAGUUAUCUCUUUA